AUGGACACAAAAUCAGAAGAGUACAGAAGUAAAUCUCUACCAACAGAAGAAGAACAUGAAAAGAAAGCGAUUGAAGAGACCUCUUCAUUCUUUAGAGUAUUAAAAGUAGAGUACCCAAAGUUCUUCUCACUCGGAGUGCUUGGGUUUAUUACUUCAUUUAUAUACUCCACACUAAGAGAUGCUAAAGAUACGCUUAUUAUUGGUAAGAUGUUACCGACAUCUAUCCCGUACUUGAAAUCAACAGCCGUGCUUAUGUCUACGAUCGCAUUCGGUAUUAUGUUUCAGUACUUAAUGUCACGUGGUGUUAAGAUGAGGAGUAUUAUGCUUGGUGCACAUAUAGGGUUUGGUGCAUACUUUAUACUGUACUCAGUCGUAAUAUUCACAUUCGCAGAGAAGAUGGAGCCGUAUAAGUUCUUGGUAUCGGACUUGUUCGUGGAUUCAAAGAUGCACAGUAAAGGCAUGCAGUUCUUAGAGGGGUUGUUAUACCUUGGUAAUUUCUGGACGUGUUCGUUAUUUUACGUGUCUGCUGAGAUGUGGGGGAGUUUCGUGCUGUCGCUUUUAUUCUUUGGGUGUGUUAAUGAAUUAUGCCUAUUGAAGCAGGCCCUCCGGUUCUACCCGUUAUUCUUGAUAUUCGCUAAUGUGGCACUGACACUCUCUGGGAUUAUGGGGUUAACGGUGCCCCUGCUUAAUAAAGAGAGCAAGGACAACAUAAUUAUGUUCUACAGGUACUUCUUGAUACUAUUAGGGUUACUGUGUGGGGUUAGUUUCUACAUAUACAAGAACCUUAUGGAUAAUAUCGUACCGUACCCUGUAUACAUCGUAUCUAACCCACCACAGCCCAAGAAGAAGACUAAAGUGGGCAUGGUCAGUGGAAUACUUGCUGCAUUCUCUAACCCGAUCAUACUUGCACUGUCACUGUCCGUGCUGGGGUACGGGAUGGUCACUAACUUAACAGAAGGAGCAGGGAACAUGGCCAUAAAGGACUACGCAGAGUAUAAAGAAUUACCAAAGGAAACUGUCACCAUGAUAACAAAAGCAAUUCAGCAAGUGGUUGUGGGAGUGCUCACAGGAGUCGUACUUAUGUCACCAAUGAAAUCAUUCAUACAGAAGAAAGGGUGGUUAUCACUGGGCCUGGUAUCACCCGUACUGUCACUGAUCGGAUCAGCAAUAUUCUUUGGUACUAUAUGGGUUAACAGUAAAGUACUAGCCACGGAUAAGAGCGUACUCACACGGGUUGGUAAGACAAUUGGUGCAGUACUCCCGUGGUCAAUGAGUCAUGCUAAGUUAAUGGAGUUAGUCAUUAGUAUGAUAGUGGUCAUGAUGAUUAAGAUAAUGAAGUAUGCUGCAUUUGACAUAUGCAAGGAGGCAGUCGGUGUUAAGAUACCGAAAGAGCACCGGUCCCGGUUUAAAGGUAUUUAUGAUGGGGUAUUCGGUAAGUUAGGUAAGUCAGUUGCCUCCCUUACGCAGAUUAUCCUGUUAUCUAUAUUUAAUACUAGUGAUAUACGUAAAUCAGUUGCUAUUACAUUUACUACUACAGUGGGUAUAAGUACUAUUUGGUUGUACUGCACUGUAUAUUUAGGUGUUAAUUAUUCAAAGGCAAUUGCGAGUGGCAAGGACUUACCGGUGGUUGUUCAGGAAAAGCAUAAAUAAAUAUAAGA